AUGUCGAACCCGUCGUUUACCGAUGCUGAAUGGCGGCGGUUGUUAGCUCGCCUCCGGAAACAAAAACGGUUGUUGCAAAAGCGUGCUGGUGAUUUCAUUACUCGGGAUUAUAAGGAGGUUGCUGAGCUCGAAGAGCUUGAGCGUCGCGAAGCUAAAGAGAGCGAGCGUCUUGAAAAAGAGCGUACUACAUCUAAGUAA